AUUGUCACAAAAAGAAUGAGUUACAUUUGCGGGACAUUCAAUGAAAAAAGGGUUCUACUGCUAAAAAGAACACACGCUAUCAGGAGAGCUCAUGAGAAUAUUGAUAAGACAUUGAAGGCAUCAGAAGUUAUAUUGUCUCAAUUUGAUAUUUCUCGUCAGGUAGAGUCUAAGAUACUUAGAAGUCCGCAUGAAGACUUGGAAAGCUACCUUGAAGCGAUCCAACAACUAAAGAGCAAUAUUAGCUUCUUCAGCAACAACAAAAGUUUUAAGAGCAGUGAUGGUGUAAUUAAUCAUUCAAAUAAUUUACUUGCUAAAGCUCUAUCAAAGUUAGAACAAGAAUUUGAGCAAAUCAUGUCAUCUUAUAGCAAACCUGUGGAACCUGAACGCCUUUUUGAGUGCCUUCCAAGUUCAUUAAGACCAUCCUCUAAGUCAACAGAUAAUGAAGGAAAUUCAGGUGGCAAACAUCAUUUUGGUCAUGAGCAGCAUCACAACGCUGAAUUAGAGGAUGCAGUUUACACAACGCCUUUACUACAAAAAAUGAACCAUCCGAAUAUCGUAAACCUUACACAAUUCAUUAUAGAGAACGACGUAUUGGGAUACCUUAAUUUGGAGUUGAAUUAUGUUAGGAGAAAGCAAGCUGAGACAUUGAAAUCAUUUCCAACAUUUGUGGUUCAAAAGUUGAAAAUAUUGCCAGCAUUUGUGGUGCAACAAGAAGUUGAAGUUGAGAAGCAAGAUGAGGAUAUUAUGGAUGCAUUAAUAGAAGUUGAGACAACUAUAUAA